CAGGGAUCCCCUCAUCAUCACUGCAUCAUUCAGCUGAUACCUGAAUAACAUCACCUCACAUUUACCUGACAGAACAGUUGAUCAGUUGAUCAUCACCAUGAAGACUGUCCUGGUCCUCUCCAUUCUCCUCUGUGCUGCAUUUGCAGCUCCACAACCAGAGGGAGAGAAGACAAACGAAGCGAAGGCUCCAGAAGCAGCAGUGGAGGUCCUGAAGGAAGAGGUUGUUGCUGCACCUGAGAUGGACAAGAUGAUGAAGGAUGAGGAAGUACUUGUGCCAGAAGAAUUUGUCCCUGUUCCCAGAAAUGCACCUGUGUCUGAGGAAGCAGCAGCACCUGAAUCUCGUUUCAACUUCUGUCCAAGAGGCUGGUUACAGCAUGGCUCUCGCUGCUUCGUGGUCAUCUCUACUUCCAAGACCUGGUACAGUGCUAAGGAGCACUGCAACAUCCUGGGUGCCCACCUGGCCUCGGCCACCAACACAGCAGAGUACAGCUUCCUCCAGCAGAUGACACAACUACACGGUUUGACCUCCACAUGGCUGGGAGGCCUCUACCUGCAGGGCCAGUGGAUGUGGAUUGACCAGGAGGGUUUCACCAGCUUGUACUCACUCCCCUCCCCCAGCAGCUACCCCUGCAUCUACUUACGCAGCAACCAUGGUUGGUGUAACACCGGGUGUGGCACUGCUUUUCCCUUCAUCUGUUCCAAGAUCCCUGAGAACUGUUAACAUACAGACUUCUCAUCUGGGGCCUUUAGACGGAUCAGCCAGGAUUUUUUUUUUUCAUUCGCAUCCAACUUAUGAACGUUAUUGUGUGUCUUAAUGAAUUAUACUUUUCUUUUUGUAUCCUGCGUACUCUACCUGUGAGUGUUAAAUGAUUAAAUAUGAAGUUACUGUUGUGUAAAAGCAUUUCUGUUUGUGGUUAUGGCAGCAGUUCUGUAAUAAAAACUUGAAAGAAUA